AAUCUGGGAAAAUAGGAAAAAUGAAAAAAAGUUAAAAUUAAUCUCUAAACCUUAGUUGAAUAAAUAUGGCGAUUUCUUAAUGGGCUAUCAUAAUAAUACAGGAGUGAUUAGUUGCUGGUUAUCAAACAUACAAAAUAUUUGACAUAAUAUAACGCUGACACGCGUUAGCAAAGUAUUCGUAAUGCGCAAGUCGCAUAAUAAAUAUGUAGUUUGUAUUAUCACUGUGUCCUUGCUGCGUAGAUGGGCGAUUAUCUCAAUAAGUAGGACAAUUUUGACAGAAAAACUUGGUUAGUCGAAACUGAGGAAGAUAGACGAAUACUUUAUUUUUAUGCCAGUUAGUAAUAUGAGAGAUUUCGAAGAGAAAGGAUGCGUGAAAUCAGGUUUCUGAUGAACGUGGAAGUAAAUAAAAUAUAGACCGAAAAAAUGAGCUGGUUACGAAGUAGCCCCUUGAGAACUAGUUUCACUAAGCAACGUUCAAGAGAUUCUCCGCCAAAAGAUGCUGACCCGUCAGCAUGCUAUGACAGUUUUUGUAAACAUUGGCAACAAGCAUACGAAAUCAUUUUACGUACAUCUCCGCCGAAAGGAAUAUGUAAUCAAGAUGAUGUUCUUGGAGUUGUUAAUCAUGUAGAUCAGAUGGUAACUCUUUUAGUUUUAGAAUUACGUGAUUUUAACUUUUACAAUAACUAUCGACAAUCUACAACAGCAACACACUCUCCUUGUUUGGAGCAUUUAUUAAGUGAAAACCUCCUUGUUAAACUUUACGAUUGGAAUAAACAUAGUGGAAGAUUUAAUAAUGCUGUUCGUUUAGAACAAUUAAAACUAUAUGAACUUUUAGUAUCACAUAGUGGUACUCUUCUUGCCCAUGAACCAGUUGCCAGACCAUUGUUACGAUUACUUGAAGAUUGUGCAAAUGAUAUUAUGCCAUUAGAAGUAGAAGAAAAAUUAGUAGUGUUAUUAAAUCAAUUAUGUGUUGCUUUGAUGCAAAACAUGGCAUUACUUGACUUAUUUUUUCAUUCAACAGCAAUAGGAAAAAGCAAAUUUAUUAUUUUUACAUUACUGAUACCAUAUGUGCACAGAGAAGGUGGAGUAGGACAACAAGCACGUGAUUCCAUGUUACUCUGUAUGUCUCUCUCAAAAAAAAAUGACGAAGUUGGUGUCUACAUUGCUGAUCAUUCUAAUAUAUGUCCUGUAUUAGCUACAGGUUUAAGCGGGCUAUAUUCAUUGUUACCAAGAAAAUUAGAUAUUGAAACAGAUGAUUGGCAUCGGUUAACACCAGAUGAUGUUAAUGAUUUACCAGCAUUGAUGCACUUAAUGAAUUCUUUAGACUUUUGUAAUGCUGUUGCACAAGUCGCACAUCCUUUGGUACAAAAACUGUUACUUGAAUUUUUAUAUCAUGGCUUUUUGGUACCUGUGAUGGGACCAGCUUUGUUACAGGAUUCUGUUGGUUUGACCAUAAAACAGCUAGAUGCACAAGAACAUUGGACAACAGUGGAUGAAUUAGUUGCAGCCACAGCUUAUUUUGAUUUAUUUCUUCGUUCUGUAACUGAACCUGGUCUCUUACGUUCGUUCGUUAGAUUUUUACUUGAAGAUAAUUAUGAUGAAUGCAGAAUACUGGAUAGCCUUAUUCAAAGGAUAUCUUCUAGGUCACGGUUAUGUAUAGUAACAUUGGGACUAUUUGAAACCUUGAUUAAUUUAAAUUGUGAAGACAUUAUGCUAGAAUUAUGUCUGGGUGCAUUAAGUCCUUGUUCUCAUGUAAUGCUUUCCCAACGUAGAAGGUUAAGAGAUAUAGAUCCUUUUGGACGUGCAGCUGAGAAGUUUUUGUCUUUGACACCAAGUUGUUGCUCGCCAUUUACGUCUAUAAAUUCUCAAUUCAAUUCUUUACCUAACAAUACAACAUAUGAAAAAUAUUCAAAUGCUACAUCUGAAUCUUUGAAGUCAUUACCAGCAUCUAUAAAUUAUGGAGUCAGAUUAUCAGACAGCCUUUAUGGAAAUUAUCAUGCAUAUUUAUGUGACGCUCGACAAAAAAUAAGAGCUUGCCGAAUUGCUUGUUCUACUUGGUCAUAUCAAUACAAUGGAGAAUUACCAAAAGAUAGUACUACAAGCAGUGCGACUACUUUAAUAGAUGACAAUACGUUAUUAGAUCAAUCUCAGAAGAAAACUGAAACAAAUAAAGCUUUAUCAUUAGAGACAGCAAAGCAACCAACGGUUUUUAAUGAAAUUAUUGAAAACUCAUCAAUAGAUAACAUGCUAGUUAACAUGUCUUUGCUAGAUGAGAAGGAUUUAAAUACAAUAGAGAAAGAGUUAAAAAUAGAAUCCCUUGUGGCAACAGGUAUAGAGUUAUCAUUAGAAGAACAAGCAAAAUUAGAUGCAGAUAUUGCUGAAUUGUUAAACGAAGAUAUUGGUAUAUCAGAUUCUGUUAAAGAAAUGUCAUUAAUAGAUAAAAAAGAAUUUGAUAGCAGUAAUGACGAUUCGAACACCACCAUGAAUUCACUUUUAUCGUUAGGGGAAAGCAGCGGCUAUGAAAGCUUUGCAUUUAAAGGUUCAUCGCAGUCAACUCCAGAUAACGAACCUAGCGAAGAUCGAAUAAGCGAACACGACGAAAUAGAAAUUGAAUCAAACAAAGAACAAGGUAUAUUAUCUCUUCAUAGCAUCAUAGAAUCGAGUUCAAUUGCACCAGAAGAAUUAACAGCGAAUAAACAAAGUAAAGAAAAUUACCGUCAAGAUGUAUUUAAUGGACAACCGAAUGUCGGUAUAUUUUUGGAUGUUCUUUUACGAAAACUCGAAUGUAUGACAAGUAAUAAUUUAUAUGUUAAUUUACAUCUAACUGGUCUUAUCAGCAGAUUAGCAAUAUAUCCACAGCCUUUGUUACAAUCAUUUCUCUUAAAUCAUUCUCUAGUAUUUCAACCCAGUAUUAGAUCACUUUUUCAGGUACUUGCAUCUUUAAAACAUAAAAUAGAUCAAUUUCUUUCACAACACAAUAAUAUAGAUAUAUUGGUCGAACAAGCACGACUCUUUUUAAUUAACCGCGAGGAUAAAUUAGUAAAUGCAAGAAAAAAUGCAUUAGAAGCUGCUGCUCAUUCUGUAUCCACUAAAAGAAAUUCUUUGAGUGGGGAACCAUUUUCAAGAGUGUUCAAACGAUGUGAAAAUAAGAGAUGGAGUUUAACAUCAUCUUUUACACAAAUGCUUAGAAGAUCAAGUGGCAGUUCUGGUCCAAGUAGUUUAAACAAUACUGUUAAUCAAUCAACUGGUAUAUCUGAAAAUCAAUUAGAAGCUAUUGGACAUGGUUCUGGAUACCGAUAUUAUACAAAAACGUCAUGGGAAUCCCCAAAUGAAGUAAGUCCAGUACAAAAUGUGGUCUUAUGUGCAGUUGUAUUAGAUGAGUGGCUAAAAGAGUUAGCUGCUAUUACACAAGAACAUGCCAUUAUAUCUCUUACAAAUAAUCUGGAGUUUAAAGUUUAAUAUGGUUUUAAUAAAGUAAUAUGUGAUAUACAUAUACACACACACUGCUAGACUUAUACAUAAUACAUCAUAUUAUAGAAUUUAAAAUGUUUAUGUAAAGUUAUUGAAGAGAAUGUAAAAAUAUUAUACAGAAUAUUGCUAUAAAUAUGAAAAUAAUAGUAUCUUUUUCAUUUUAUAAAUGUAGAUAGACAAAUUAGGGAUCAGCUUAAAAAGUUAUAGAUUUAUACAUUUUUGUUGAUUUUAUCCGUUUUAAUCACUAGUUAUAUGAAAAUUGCGUUAAGAGAAAAUAUAUAGAAAGUUUUAUUCAAAAUAGGCCCUCGUGAAUAUUAAUUAUUAAUUAUUAAUAUAUCGGCCGAAUCUUAUUAUAAAGACUGACAUUUAGAGCAAUUUCCUAUACAAUAUACACAUAUUACAUUAUUAAACUAUUUAAUAACUUUUUAUUACAUAUGCUACAAACCGAAUCAAUUUAUUUGAAAUUAUAUUUAAAUAUAUAUAUAUUAAUCCAAGAUCAUAAAUAGUUAAAAAUAUUUAGAUAAACAAAGGAAAGUGCCAAGUUAUUAUUUUAAUAUGUUACAUAAUAUAAUCAACACUUUGGAAAUUGUUCCAAAUGUAUUUAAAAUUUAACAAUCAAAUUACUGUUAUGACAAAUUUAUUUUAACAACAAGGAAAAUAUAUUUGCAUACUUAUGAAUUUUACAUUGACUAACAAAGCGUAAUAAUUACAUAGCCUGUUUUUAUUGUACUUAACUUAAUAUAUAAUUAUAAAGUCAUAAUUACUGAGUAAUAUAUAUAUACACAAAUAUGAUUUGAAAGUUUAGUAGCACAAAAUAUUAUAUACAUAUAAAUUAAUGUACUUUAAAUUAUGAAUUUUUAAAUAUUGCUAGAUGAAACUGUGCGUAAAUCGAACACUAACUGAAAUCAACAAUUCAUCUAUCUUGUAAUAAUUUUAUCCUAUAUUUUUACCUUCACUAAUGUAAUGUUAAAUAUAAAGUAAAAAGUAUUUUAUUAUGUAGUUUUGUAUUGAUUAAAAUAUACAAAUAUCAAAUUUUUUGCAAUAUUUAAAGUGAAACAUUAGUACAAUAUGUAUGUUAACAACUGAAGAAAUAUUGAUACUUCGCAAUAAUGCGAUACUACUGCAUGACUAUAAAAUAUUUGCUUAUAUAUAAAUAGCAUAUCAAAAUUUAAUUAUUAAAAUACAAAAAUUAUUCCAGCUCAAUUUUUGUCAACAAACAUUAAAAUUAGUAUUAAUAUAUGAAUGCAAUUAUUAAAAAAUUAUGGUAGUUAAGAGACAGUUAAAUGACAAUGAAAUUGCAAUAUGAUCACUGGUUAAAAUAUGAUUAAAUGUGUAUUUUGUUCAUUACUAAAAAUCAACAUGUUUUUUGAUUAUUUUAAAAUUCAUAUUUAGUAUAAAAUAUUUAUUAUAAUGUGAUAUUAAACUAGAUUAUUGGAACUUUAUUAAAGUAUUCUAGUUUUAUUUCUGUUUCAAGUAUUUAAAUAAAUAUUAAUUUAAUAAAGAAUUAUUAACAAUUCAAACAAAUGUGCUUCAAAUGUUUGGAUGUAAUGCAUGGUAGAAUAAUAUUAUUUUAUAUGACUGCAAGUAAUAUCGAAUUUGUAGCAUUGUAAUAUUAGUAACUUAAUAAUUUAAUAAUUUCUUACAUAUAAAAUGUUUAAAUGCAAAUUUCAUUAUUAGCAUACCUUAUGUACCUUUAUUAAAAACAUGCAGUAUUUUCAAAUAAUGUUAUAUGCUUGCCAACUUAUUGCAAAUAAUAUAAUGUAAUAUUUUUAAUAUUUUAUCAUUUAGUUCAUUGUUAUGUUUAAAUUUGUUAAUAAAUUUACGUAAUAAAAUAGUUUAUAAUAAU